GGCGGGGCUGGCGGCGGCUUCCGGCCGGAGCGCGGCGGCGGGCGCGGCCAUGGCGCGGAAGAAGGUGCGGCCGCGGCUGAUCGCCGAGCUGGCCCGGCGCGUGCGGGCCCUGCGCGAGCAGCGGGAGCGGCCGCGCGACUCGCAGCGCUACGCCCUGGACUACGAGACGCUGACGCGGCCGCCCUCGGGCCGCCGGCUGCCCGCGCGGGCCUGGAGCGACGCGCGCCGCGAGAGCCGCCUCCUGCAGCUGCUCGGCCGCCUGCCGCUCUUCGGCCUGGGCCGCCUGGUCACGCGCAAGUCCUGGCUGUGGCAGCACGACGAGCCGUGCUACUGGCGCCUCACGCGCGUGCGGCCCGACUACACGGCGCAGAACUUGGACCACGGGAAGGCCUGGGGCAUCCUGACCUUCAAGGGAAGGACGGAGAGCGAGGCUCGGGAGAUCGAGCAGGUCAUGUACCACGACUGGCGGCUGGUGCCCAAGCACGAGGAGGCCGCCUUCACGGCUUUCACGCCGGUGCCCGAGGACACUCCGCGCUCUGUGCCCUACCCGCCCCUCCUCCGGGCCAUGAUCCUAGCAGAGCGACAGAAAAACGGGGACAGCAGCACCGAGGAGCCUAUGCUGAAUCUGGAGAGGGCAGGCAUUGGUCCCUGGGACUACCCUGCGAAACAGAAGGCGAAGAGAAAGGCCAAGGGCACCCCCGUCUGAAGUGCCCGAACCGGGAGGCUGCCUGAAGGGUGUGAGCGGCAGGCACCCUUUUUGAUGAAAGAAAAUGUCUUUGGACGAUGCCUACAUCAGCCCCUCGGGAGCUUGGACCCGACCUCCCAGGGGCUUGUUCUGAGGCUCUGCGUUUUGGUGGCAAGGGGUCAGGCCAGACUCUGCAUCUGGCCUCUGUCUCUGCUGACCCAACACUCAGUUCGGACCGAGGGGGCCACGCGGGAGGCGGCCGCUGGGGCAAAGCUGGAAGCAGCGGGGCCAGCAGGUGUGGAGGCCCCGCGCUGGCACCUGUCACUUCCAGGCGGCCUCCCCUUCCGCAUUACAUCUUGCCUCUGCCAGGAUCCAGGCAGAAGCUGUGAACGCGAAUAAAAGCAAAUGAAGUA